UUCAACCUCUGUCUCGCUCUAACAACCCCUCCUCCCUCCUACUUCUCUCACUCUUUCUUUCUCUCUCUCCAUCGGAGUAAAGCUGCGUGUGGUAACUCCCUCUCCACCAUAUAGGAUAGACCGAACGUUUCCCUCAGUUGCCCUUCCUCGUGCUGUCUCGCCUCUCCAACCGCGGAACCUCGCUUUCAGGAUCGACGUCUAAGCCGCAUGAUCGUCUCUCUCUCCCUCCCCACACCAGCCUGUAACGUAGGAACCCGUCCAGAGAGCCAAUCGGAGCACCGCUUCCGGCUACGGUGACGGCCCAAUGGGCGAACACCGACGACGGAUAGACGCUGACGAUCGCUGAUUUUGACAGUCGACACACGACGACCGUGUACUACGCGCGACGCUCGCACCGCGCUCCUUCUCUCCUCGCUGCUGGCCAGUACUUUCGGGAUUGUCGUCCGCGUUUCUUCUCGGGACUUGUUGAACAGGAGGCGGACGACGACCGUGUUUAAAAUCGUCGUUCGAGGAUCGAUCUCACGUGCUCUGGUGGUGCCGGACGCAGGAAGGGGGAUGAGUGUGGAAGGAAGGGGCAGGUGAAUCGUUUUUACCUGAAAGGGUUGACGAAUAAGACGAAUUUACGUUUCGAACGUGAAGGAUUACUCCGUCGUACCAGAAUCAUCUCGUGUUCAGUUUCGCUCUUUUUCGCCGAGAGUGGAAGUUCCAAGUGAAGUAUACAGUGUCCGUCGAGUGACGGCUAGGAGAGAGAAAAGGACACUCGGCAGUGGAUGACAGAGAGAGAGAGGAUAAAAUUACGCGCAGAUGACAAGUGGCAAACGCGGAUGCCGCCUCGGUAGUGUUCUUCGUUUCCUACCUUGAGACACACCGUUUACAUUUUUCGAACAGUAGUGCUGUUUGUUUCUUUGUUUGUUUAAACCUUCUCGCAAGAAUUCUUGUUUCGUCGCGAAUAACGAAAAUUUCCGAUACAGACGGACUGAGAGAGAGAGAGAGAGAGAAAGUGAGUGAGAUAGGACUUGGAAAAGUAACUCGUUGAGAAAACCGGUGUGAGAAAACGUAGAGAUAAAGGGGUGGGUAUUUUAAAUGCACGCGUGAACGGAGCUGAUGAGCUGCGCUAUGGAGUACCAGCAAUUGGCGCCACCGCCGGUACCGGGCGUGCUGCACCAAGCGCAUCACCAGCAGCAACAUCAGCAGCAACCGGUGCAACCGCCCCAUCCUCACAUCGUGGUCGCGCCUGCGCACCAACAGCAACCCCAACAACCACCGCCACCACCGUUACCGCCCACCUCUCACGGCCAUCAGGUGCACGCGCCGCUUCCGCCCAUCCACGAGGACAGCACCAGCUCCCGCUGGACACAGUACCAGCAUCUAUGGAGGCAGCACCAUGUCUACGUGAAUGGAAAACAGGGCAAAGAUGGACCGGAAGAGAAGAAGGACGCUGACGGAGAGAUAUGGGGCAACGUGGAAGCGCAGGCCGCCUUCCUCGGCCCAAAUCUCUGGGACAAAACUCUGCCCUAUGAUGCCGACCUGAAGGUAUUGAACCAUUACGUGGAUCUUGACGAGAUGCAAAGUGGACAGCUGCACAAGAUCAACAACACCGAAACACCAGGACACCAAGGACCGGCCGGACUUCACUUAGAACCCGUCACCAAACGCGAGAGAUCACCCUCGCCGAGCGAGUGUUGCUCCCCCGACACUAUGAACCCUCCCUCACCCGCGGACUCCAAUUCCGAGGACUCGUCACCAAUACAAUAUGGCUUGUCUCUUGUAGCGCUCUCGAUGGCCUCAUCGGGGCGAGACUUCGAUCCACGCACCCGGGCCUUCUCCGACGAGGAGCUCAAACCCCAACCGAUGAUCAAGAAAUCACGGAAGCAGUUCGUUCCGGAUGACCUGAAGGAUGACAAAUACUGGGCGCGUCGUAGGAAGAAUAACAUGGCAGCGAAACGAUCACGGGACGCACGUCGCAUGAAGGAGAACCAGAUCGCUCUCAGGGCCGGCUUCCUCGAGAAAGAAAACAUGGGCCUACGGCAGGAACUGGACCGGUUAAAGAACGAGAACAUGCUGCUGCGCGACAAGCUGAGUAAAUAUACGGACGUCUAACAGUGCGCCGGGCAAGCAACAGCUCGUCGUGGUAUUAAAAAAGAUGCAGACACGAGCGUUUGUUGUGCCAGCUCCUCCCACACUUUAUAGUCGCAGCACUUAGGUUUUUCGCCAGUCCGGAUGACAGAAGAAAUGCUAAAGAAAACAAAAAAAAAGGAAAAGUCAGAAAAAAAUGAAGAUGACGAAGAAAAGAAAGAAGAAGAAUAAGAAGAAGAAGGAAAGGAAGGAGCGCGCCGAAUCACAAGACCAUCCUCGACAAAAUUUCACUUUCCUAGAGGAUCUCCCCCCAUCUACCAUCCUCCUUGAAGAUAUAUCCUUGAACGAACUUCUGCUAAUUCAUCCGCCUUUUCCCUCUUCUUUAUCCCCCCUCACACGCUCAUGCAUACACAAUAAACGUAUACACAUACACAUUAU